AUGAUGCAGUACGCCGUGGACGCGGGCGCCUUUGCUCGACCUCCGCCUCCCGGCUUCUUCGGCGUCGGAUCCUGGGCUUGGGUCGCCAACAGGCCUGCUCGGCGACCUCCGCCUCCCGCCUUCUUCGGCAUCGGAUCCUGCUUUCGCCCGGCUGCCGACGUGCCAGCUCGUCGACCUCCGCCUCCCGGUUUCUUCGGUGCACGCCGUCCCAGGGUGCUCCCGCCAGCGCCGUGCGAGGUGCCCAUGCCACCAAAGUUCUCAAAGCCCACGACACCGGCACCAGCGCCGGUUUCCUGCGUCGCCGCCGCCUCCACAAAGCUUCAGCGGCUGUGCCCUGACUACGAAGACGACAUCGACCACAACCUCCGGUUGACAGAGAAGAACGCCGAGGAGCGGCCGCUACCGGACUACCUGACGAAGGUGCAGCAGGAUCGGGUGAGCGAGUCAGCGCGCGCCUCCCUCGUCGGAUGGAUGGACAAGUUCGUCCGAGACCAUGAUCUGGCCGACGGCACGCUCCACCACGCCGUCGCCUACGUCGACCGGGUCCUGUCUGUGCGAGCCCUGACGACUGACAGCGGCUACGAGCUACGCCUCCUGGGUGCCGCGGCCAUCUUUGUCGCCGCCAAAUACGAGGACCAAAAAGCCGUGUGGAAGCUGAAGGCCGACCAGAUCGCCAGGUACGGCGAGUUCGCCGCGGGCAAAGAGGUGCUCGACAUGGAGUGCGAGAUGGUGGAGGCGCUCGGAUACCAGCUCGGCGGCCCCACGGCGCACACGUUCCUGAGCCACUUCAUGAGGUACGCCGAGGGGGAGGACAAGACCAAGAUCCUGCCAUUGGCGACUCGCCUCGUUGAUCAGUCUCUGCUCAACUACACGUGCCUCCGCAUCUUGCCGUCCCUCGUGGCGGCGUCCGCGAUCUUCCUCGCGAGGCGGACCCUGAAUCCGCCCGACGUCCUCGCGUGGAACAGGGAAUUGACGGAGCUGACGGGCUACAACUGCUCCGACAUGACAGCCUGCGUGCUUAAUAUGUUCUUCUUCUCGCGGUCGCUCAUCUGUAACCCUUCUUCUUGA